AUGCGAGAUCCAGGGCUAUGCAAUCAGAAUAGUUUGACUCUCACCCUACAGAUCGAAGAGAAGAAUUUGGAUUCAAAGCCAUUCAUAACCGAUAUCUCUAGUAUCGAAUCUCAGGAUUCUAUCAUUCUCUUGAACGAAAAAGAUGGACAAGAUGUUUAUCUUGCCAGUCUAUCAUCCGAAUCAUAUGUUGCUUCGUCCGGCUUUAAAUAUAGUAAGGAGGGGAAAGUUCCCUAUAAACAAAAAGUAGAAAAGGUUUAG